GCGCCCAGCGGCGGGGCGGGCUGGCGGGCGCGGGGAACGGGUGAUGUCUCCGCCGUGCCCUCCUCGCCGGCCAGGGCUGCACCGCCGGGGCUGAGCCGCCGCGGGAGCCGCGAGCCGAGCAACCGCUGGGCGCACCCGCAGCGCGGGAGGAUGGGCUGCGGCGGAAGCCGGGCCGAUGCCAUCGAGCCCCGCUACUACGAGAGCUGGACCCGAGAGACCGAGUCCACCUGGCUCACCUACACCGACUCGGACGCGCCGCCCAGCGCCGCCGCCCCGGACAGCGGCCCCGAGGCGGGCGGCCUGCACGCGGGUGUGCUGGAAGAUGGCGUGUCCUCCAAUGGUGUGGCCCGAUCUACAGCCCCCAGUGGAAUAGCCAACCCAGAGAAGAAGAUGAGCUGUGGAACCCAGUUCCCGAACCCCCAGAGCCUCAGCUCAGGCCCUCUGACCCAGAAACAGAAUGGCCUUCGGACCACAGAGGCUAAAAGAGAUGUUAAACGGAUGUCUGCAAAAGAAGUCACCAUCAAUGUCACGGACAGCAUCCGGCAGGUAGAGAGAAGUCGAAGAAUCACAAAGAACUGCGUCAACUAGCAGAAGAUUCACCUCGAAGGGCAGGUAGACUUCUUUGGACCCCACCCAGGAACCUUGAAGAAGUGGGUGCCCCUGAACAUGAACGCUGCUGAGUGCCUUGAGAGACUUCUCCCUGGCAGCCCAUGGCUAGCUGAGCUGCUGGGACUUUCUCAACCUCCUAUUUAGCGCGUAAAUGUAUUGCACAGGCCUCACAUAGGAUGAUAAACCGCAGAUAUGCACUUCAGUUUGCAACUCCUACCGAUGGUCUGAUGUAAAAAUGAGAAGCUGAAAUCACAGGCCAAUUUAUGAAACAGAAAAGUAACAGGAAUGGAUUCCCUGAGGAAAGAGUCACAUAUCAGUUCUCAGCUCUCCUGGACACAAUAGUAUGCCCUGUUUCAGGCAAGCUUCAUUCUUUUGUUCUUUCUUUUUGAAUACCACCAUCAUAAAAUUUAGCACGUUCACUUAAAAGUUGAUUUUCACCCAACUCUAAACCUAGAUAUAUGAAAAAUCAAGGUAGCUCCCUGUUAGCUUAUUAUGAGACAGCUUCCGAUUCAAUUUCACACAAAGAAUUCUCCCAACAUCAGUGGCAUGUCUUUGAGAGGUCUCGGUGAAGCACUCACAUCUAUUUCUUAUCUGUCUUCAACUUCCCCUCAUGCCGGCAUCCAUGUUAGACCCUGGGCCAUAAUAUUAAGGUCGUUGUGGUCAAUAUAUCUACCUAGGACACCCUACAGGGCUCAGCAAGACUUUGCUUUUUUUUUUUUAAAGCUUUCCAGGUCUCUUUGCUUGUGUUCUUGAGUGUUUUCUCUGUCCAACAGGGUCAUUUGCAACUGUAAUCAGAGACUGGGUCCUGCUCACAAGAGGGAGAUAAUCCAGAACAUGUGGGUAGUGCCCUCGGCUUCCCUUUGGCUUCUCUGUACAAAGCCCCAGGACUGUGUCAUUUGCUGUUUGCAAGGAAAUUGCCUUAGAAAGCUGACAUCGGGCUGAUGUGCAUACCCGCUAGCAUUAGAUUGACAGGCAUCGUGUUAGAAGUCAGGUGAAUGCAGUGAAAAAAUGUUUUGAUAAGAAUAAUUUUCUAACAUUUCCUUAAACUUGUUAAAUAUUUUCCUUCAAAGUAAUGUAGCAUGACUUUUUUAAGGACUGUUAACAUGCCUGGGAUUGGGAAAGGAAGGACUUAAGUUGUACCAACAAUACCAAUAAACUCCAUGUUUAGCAGAAAUAGGCAACCUGAUUGUGAGUGUUUAUAUAGCAGCCUAGAAGAUUGACACCAGCAGGUUAAAAUUCAGAUAUUGACUUCCUUACCCACUCACUGUUGUUCCUCAAACACACCAGAUUGUGCCCUUCCUCCCUCCAUACCUUCUUUCCUUAUUAAAUGCCAGACUUGGACCAGGUACCUUACAUAUACUGACACAUCUAAUGUCUGUCCAGCCAUGUUUGUGCAACCUGAACCAUGGGUGAACUCUUAGGAGACUGACCUAAACCUUAAGGUCAAGUGUAUGUUGUAGAUUUCUCUGCCAGAGAACCUCACUUUUCUAUUCAGGGUAGAGUUCUGUCUUAUACUCUAGAUCUGGAUGUUCUCCUAAUGACUGUAAAAGCCUUUACCAUACACAAAACUACAGUUUUCCCAAAUUGUACCAUUUUGUGAUUUUUUUGAGAAAGGGCUUUUAAGGAACUUCACAUUCUGAAAUUUUUUAUAAUAAAGUAAAAGCAAAACCUGUGAGUCAUAUUCCCCACUGGC